AGUGCUCGCAAUACCUAGCGCGCAUAGCUACGGCAAGCGAGCUGCUGAAAUGGCAUACGUUUCAUAGUCAUUGUAGAUGGGAACUCCAUGAACAAUUUAAAUCAUGGACGACCCGCGGAUCGAAUGGAUUCGAAAUAGGGUUUAUCAGGCUCUGGAUAUACAGGAGAUUGAAAUAUUUGAAGAACUUUUGGAACGAGAUGACGGAGAAGCGGAGAGGCGUCUUCUAAAGUUUUUGAACGAUACUCCAGAAGAAUCAGAAUCUUCCAUUCUUCUCUACAAAAUCAUUCGAGAGGAGGAAGAAGAAGUUGAAGUAGAAUGCGAACCAGAGAUCCCAGAUAUUGCGGCAGAAGAUGAGGGUGCAGAGGGGGAUGAAGAAGGUAAUGGUCCAGCAGAAUCUCCAGCAGAAGAACCAGAACAGGCACUGCCAGUAUCAUCGCCAACUGAAGAUGAUCAGAGUACACCUAGAAAAGGUAAGAAGAAAAAGAAAGGGAAGGACACACCUCCUGCAGAAGAAAAACCUGCAACCCCUGCUGAAUCUACUCACCAUUCUGAAGCAGUAGAUCUUGAAAAAGAGGAUGACGGAGAGGAAAAAGAGAAAACUGAUGCAGCCCCCAAAACAAAAAUUAUUCUUCAGAAGGUCUCCAGAACAUACCUGUACUUGUGCUAUCAACAUUUACCUGAGGAGGUCAUCGAGGAGAGCUGCAUAUACUUUCUGCGCAACUCACCUGGGAUGGUUCCACUGCCUAAUUCCAUUGAAGAGGCAAAUGAAAUGCUGCCAUUAUACUUUGAAUUUGGCUUACUGAAUGGCCAUUCCCUUGUCAUGCUGGAACAGAUCAUAUCACAGGUCUUCAUGCCACUCAUGUCUCAUAGCCAGUUAAGGAAUGGGGAACUGGCAGGAGCAGGGUCACAGUCCCGCACCAUCAGUCAGCAAGAAACCUCACCAACUCAUCGUUCACAAACACCAAAGGAAGAAGAAAAAGAUGCAGAGAAAGUAAACGUGGCUGAGUCUCGAGCCAAAGCCAUGCUGCGUGAUGAGUUCCUCAUCAACAUGCAGAAGUUUGCUGCCAGCAUCACACGUACACUGCAGCAGAUUGAAGGAGAAGUGCGACUCAUAGUGCCUGAAGUGGAAAUUCCUGAUAACAUUGAUGAAGUACUCAACAACAUUGAGCUGAUGGAUCUGAUUAAUGAAACCUGUGCAGACUGGUCAAGACAGAUCCAGGGUGCACUGGAGCAGCAGCUGAAAAAGAAGCCUCAGGGCAAGGGGCCUUUGGCAGAAAUUGAUUUUUGGCGAGAACGGAAUGCGGCAUUGAGUGCAAUGGUUGAACAGCUGAAGUUGCCUAAGGUUCGGCACAUGCUAGAAAUCUUCAGUCACACUGACAACAACUUUGAGGAUGUGAGAUCUGACUUGAACAAAUAUUACGUGGAGGCAAAAGACAAUGUUCGUUUCCUGUCCACACUGGAGAGGCACUUCAAGAAUAUAGCCCAUGGUCUGACAUUUCAGGUUGUGAUUGAAACAAUUCCAUCCAUGAUGAAUGCUCUGCGUAUGGUAUGGAUAAUUUCCCGACAUUAUAAUAAAGAUGAGCGCAUGGUACCACUUAUGGAACGCAUUGCCUGGGAAGUGGCUGAAAGAGUGGCCAAGGUUGUUGACAUCCAGACAUUGUUUAAGUCCGGGACAGAGGAGGUAAAACGACUGACACAUGAGGCAAAGAGAAUGCUGGUUACCUGGCGUGAGACAUACAUGGAUGUCCGUAAUAAAAUAGAAGCCUCAGGUAGAGACCAGCGGUGGGAGUUUGACCGCAAAAAGCUUUUUGACCGCACAGAUUACAUGGCAGGCAUUUGCCAAAAUCUGUAUGACAUUGCUCAGGUUCUGGAGGAGUUUUACAACAUUUUUGGUCCAGAACUCAAGGCUGUCACAGGAGACCCAAAACGGAUAGAAGAUGUCUUGCUUCGGGUCGACUUGCUAGUCGAACCUCUUGGACGUCUGACAUUUGAUGCCUUCUCCCAGCGGGAAAAAGACCAGUGGAAACGGCUGAUGGAUAAUUUCUACAAGGAGGUGGAGCAUAUAGAGAAUGAGGCCAAAGCUUUUAUUGAUGAGUCUUUCCAGUCUUUGCGUUCCGCUGAGGGUGCAUUUGACAUGCUGCUUAAUUUCAAGCACAUCCGUUCCCGUGAAGCCAUCAACAAUCAGAUGAUGCAGAAAUUCCGUGAUAUUCUUGUACAGUAUGGCAAAGAGGUGGACCUGAUGGAGAAAUUGUUUGUCGAUUAUCAAGUUGUCCCACCCCUAAACAAGAACAAUCCACCUGUAGCAGGAUCAGUCUACUGGUGUCGCUCACUGUUUCAUCGCAUCAAACACACCAUCAUUCGUUUCAAUGCUAUGGACGAUAUGAUGACAUCUGAAAUGGGCAAGUCGACUCGAGCCAAGUAUCUAAGUGUUGGCAAGAGCAUGCGUAUGUUUGAGGACAUGCGAUAUGAGACAUGGAAAGAACAAGUAGAGCAAGUGCUUCCCUCGCUACUCAAGCGCAACUUGCUCAUGAAGCCAGCAGCUUCAUCUCUCAGCCACUUGCCAUCCACACCUCUCCCAGGGGCAGAUGAGGCAGGUGACGAGCUUGUGCCCAUACAGCACCAGGAAGGAGAGGGGCUUGUUUCCAUUGCAGACUUAGGAAGCCCUGCUGAUAUAAAGUAUGUGGUGGACUUUGACCCCAAGCUAGCUGAGAUCAUUGCAGAGACGAAGUAUAUGGAAAUGCUGGGAUUCUCUGUGCCUGAAUUAGCCAGGAAUGUGGCAUUGCAGGAAGAAAAAUACAUCAACUAUGUGUCUGGCCUAACACGCAUGCUGCAUCGCUAUCACUCGCUACUUGCCUCCCUUGAUCAUGCAGAGGCCCAGCUUCUUGAAGAGCACAUGCAUGAGCUGCGCCGUAUGCUUCGUCCUGGGUCCAAGCGAAUCAACUGGAACUCUCUGGGAAUAAACGACUUUCUUGUAAAGUGUGAAUCAGCUGUGGCCAAGUUUGAGUCCUUGGUGAACCAGAUCCAGAAAAAUGCACAGGACAUAAACCAACGCCUUAGCAUCAUUGAAAACUCAAACCUCUUUAAGUUUCCUCCACCCAAAGCCCCAAAUACACUUCCUGGUUGCAAGGAGUUCUUUGAAUACAUAGAACAUGAAAGAACUAAAGACCUGGAAAUCCUGGCACGCAAAUACCGAGCUAUAGGCCCUCUUCUUACCAAGAUGGAGGGGCUGGUUGUACACACCAAUACAGGCAAAGCUCCCAAACUAAGUCAGUACUACAGCUUCUGGGAAAAAAAAGUGUAUAGCUCCCUGACAAAGCUCAUUGUGACAAACCUGCACCGGUUCAACAAUGCCCUGAUGGCAGAAAAGGCCUUGUUCCAGGUAGACACACUGUUGGCUGCUCCUGAUGUCAUACUCCAUCCUCAAGCAAACGAAGUCUACAAGCUUACCUUGCAGUGUGUGCGAGAUGCAGUAGAGGGGACAAAGGUGUUUGUGCGAUGGAUGAACGGAAGCUGUAUUGAGACUCCUCCACAGAAGGUGGAAGGCGAGGAUGAGCUGUUUGUCUUCAGCUUCUUUGCUGACAUCGCCGUUAACACAGAUAUCCUUGAACUGGUGCAGACUGUCACUGCCAACAUCAAAAACACCCUGACCAUGCUCACACGCUACCUGAACCGCUGGAAGAAGUAUCGAAACAUCUGGAAGAGUGAAAAACAAGCACUGGUAGAAAAGUGGGUGCAACGAGAUCCUAGUGUCGUCUGGUUUGACAACAAACUGCAGUAUUACAGGAAAAUUGUGGAAGAUGUCCAAAGUCUGGCCACCACCAGGGACCAGGAGUGUAUCCGUCUGUCCACAAGUCAGCUAGCCAGCUCUGUCAUCUCCAAUGCCCAGCAGUGGAUGGAAGUGCUUGGCAAGAUCCUACAGGACUCCACUAGGGAGAAUCUGCAUAGACUUCGAGACAUGCUAGAUGACAAAUCUGAUGAUCUGGAGCAGACACCAACUAGACUGGAAGACCUGAAGUUUGUACUAUCCACCAUCUCAGACAUCAAAGCCAUGUCUCUUGAUGUGGAGACCCAAAUCCGUAAUAUCCAGGAAUGUUACAGGACUCUUGUCAUGUAUGAUUUCCCUGUAACAGAUGCUGAUAAGGAGCUGGUUGAGAAACUUCCUCAGUUGUGGGAAGACCUUAUUUUGAAGUCCAAAAACAUUGAUGCCAGCCUUGUUGUUGUCAAACGCAAAUUCACAGAGAUUACACAAGAUCAGAUUAAAGAUUUUCACAAAGAGCUGGAGACAUUUGCUGACCGCUUCCUUCUAGAAGGCCCUGGAUCUGUUGGAACUGAUUUGGAUCGAGGUGUAGAACUGAUGAAGAAGUACCAGGAAGAGGUGGCAGAGCUGGAAGCCAACAGGCAAGAGCUGACCAAUGCAGAGAGGCUGUUUGAAUUACCCAUCACCAUGUACCCAGAGCUGCUUAAGGUUCAGAAGGAGAUGAAAGGCCUCGAACAGAUAUAUGCGAUCUACAUAGAGCAGAAGACAGCUAGGGAACAAUGGUCAGAAACAUUGUGGGCAAAUCUCAACAUACAGCUUCUUCAGGAUGGUAUUGAAGGCUAUCUAAAGAAUUUGCGCAAACUUCCAAAAGAAAUGCGCCAGAUGGCUGUAGGGCGUGCCCUUGAAGAGAAGAUGAAGGAGUUUCGGGAUUCUCUGCCCCUGUUUGUGGACUUGAAACAUGAAGCUCUGCGUGAGCGUCACUGGAAAGAGCUUAUGAAUAAGACUGGUCAGAAGUUUGAUAUGAACCCAGACACCUUCACACUGGCCAAUGUCUUUGCCAUGGAGCUUCAUAGGUACCAGGACACCAUUACUGAGAUCGUGACAUGUGCUAGCAAGGAGAUGGGAAUUGAAAAAGGUGUGAAAGAAGUUGAGGAGACAUGGAACAACAUCAAAUUCAAUGUUCAGGCUUAUAUGAAAGGCACAUCAAAUCGUGGCUAUAUCUUAGGUGCAGUAGAUGAGGUCCUUCAAAUCUUGGAUGACUCCUCCAUGAACUUGCAGAGCAUGUCAGCCUCACGUUUUGUUGGCCCAUUCCUCAAUACUGUCCAAAACUGGGAGAAGUCUCUGUCACUCAUCUCGGAAGUGCUGGACGUGUGGAUGGUGGUUCAGAGAAAGUGGAUGUACCUGGAGGGCAUUUUCAUAGGUGGUGACAUUCGUUCACAGCUGCCCGAGGAAGCUAAGAAGUUUGAUGCCAUUGACAAGACUUUCAAGAAGAUCAUGACUGACACUUUCAAGACACCACAGAUCAAACUAGCUUGUCAUGCCCAGAACCGUCUUUCAGACCUGCAGAACCUAAGUACAGGUCUGGAAAAGUGCCAGAAGUCACUAAAUGAUUACCUGGAUGCCAAGAGAAAUGCAUUUCCACGAUUUUUCUUUAUCUCUGACGAUGAGCUGCUGUCCAUCUUGGGCAGUUCAGACCCUGAAUGUGUGCAGGAGCACAUGAUUAAGAUGUUUGACAACAUCGCUUCAUUGGUCUUUGCAAAAGGCCCCAGUCAGGAAACCUUGGCUACUGCUAUGAAGUCUGCAGAAGGAGAACUGAUGGACUUCAGGACACACAUUGCAGCUGAGGGUAGGGUAGAGGACUGGAUGACCAGUGUGCUACAAGAAAUGCGCCGAACCAACAGGCUCAUCACAAAAGAAGCCAUCUUCUAUUACAGCUACAAGAAAUCUCGUGUGGAGUGGAUGCUGGACUAUCAAGGAAUGGUGUGUCUGGCUGGCAACCAGGUGUGGUGGACUUGGGAGGUUGAGGAUGUCUUUAGAAAGGUCAAAAAGGGUCACAAAACUGCCCUCAAAGACUAUGCCAAAAAGCUGCAUGGACAGAUUGAUGAAUUAGUAGUGAAGGUGCGAUCCCAACUGUCAAAAAAUGAUCGUUCCAAGUACAACACAGUCCUCAUCAUUGAUGUACAUGCCAGAGACAUCAUUGAUGGCUUUGUACGUGACAGCAUCAUGGAUUCUCGUGAGUUUGAAUGGGAGAGUCAGCUGCGGUUCUACUGGGAGAAAGAACCUGAUGAGUUGGUCAUCCGCCAGUGCACUGGAUCCUUUGGCUAUGGAUAUGAGUACAUGGGACUCAAUGGACGACUUGUCAUCACUCCACUGACUGACAGGAUCUACCUGACCCUCACACAGGCCCUUUCCAUGAAUUUGGGAGGAGCACCUGCGGGGCCUGCAGGUACUGGCAAGACAGAGACAACCAAAGACUUGGCCAAGGCACUGGGUCUUCUCUGUGUAGUCACUAACUGCGGGGAGGGUAUGGACUAUAAGGCUGUGGGCAAAAUCUUGUCAGGGCUCUGUCAGUGUGGAGCCUGGGGCUGCUUUGAUGAGUUCAAUCGCAUUGAUGUGUCCGUGCUGUCUGUCAUCUCCACUCAGCUCAAGACCAUCCAAAAUGCACUGUAUCUCAGUCUGAAACGGUUCCAUUUUGAAGGUUCUGAGAUCGACCUGGAUAGCCGAGUGGGAAUCUUCAUCACCAUGAACCCAGGCUAUGCGGGCAGGACAGAGCUGCCAGAGUCUGUGAAAGCUCUCUUCCGACCUGUGGUGGUCAUUGUACCAGAUUUGCAGCAGAUCUGUGAGAUCAUGUUGUUCUCAGAGGGAUUCCUUCUGGCAAAGGUUCUGGCCAAGAAGAUGACCGUGCUGUACCGCCUGGCUAGAGAGCAGUUGUCCAAGCAGUACCACUAUGACUUUGGGCUGCGCGCCCUCAAAUCUGUUCUGGUCAUGGCAGGUGAGCUCAAGAGAGGCUCCCCUGAUCUCAAUGAGGAUGUGGUGCUGAUGAGAGCUCUGCGAGACAUGAACCUGCCUAAGUUUGUAUAUGAGGAUGUGCCACUGUUCCUUGGCCUCAUCUCAGAUCUCUUCCCUGGUCUGGACUGUCCACGUGUGCGUUAUCCCAACUUCAAUGAUGCAGUGGAGGAAGUACUGCAAGAGAAUGGCUAUGUGCUGCUUCCUCAGCAGGUGGACAAGGUGGUCCAGAUGUAUGAGACCAUGCUGACCAGGCACACAACGAUGAUUGUUGGUCCUACUGGUGGCGGAAAGUCCGUUGUCAUCAACACUUUGUGCCAGGCACAGACCAAGCUUGGCACUACAACCAGAUUGUAUGUCAUCAACCCAAAAGAUCGCAGUGUAAUUGAACUGUAUGGGAUUUUAGACCCAGCCACUCGUGACUGGACAGAUGGCCUGCUGUCUAACAUUUUCCGAGACAUUAAUAAGCCAACAGACAAAAAUGAGCGCAAGUACAUCCUUUAUGAUGGUGAUGUGGAUGCCCUGUGGGUAGAAAACAUGAACUCUGUCAUGGAUGACAAUAAACUCCUGACACUGGCCAACGGCGAGCGGAUCCGUCUGCAGAAACACUGUGCAAUGUUGUUUGAGGUGUUUGAUCUACAAUAUGCGUCCCCAGCUACCAUCUCUCGCUGUGGCAUGGUGUAUGUGGACCCCAAAAACCUGGGCUACAAACCCUACUGGCAAAAGUGGCUCAACCAGCGUAGCAACAAGUCAGAGAAGGAAGAUCUUGGCCGCCUGUACGACAAGUAUGUACCAUCACUUAUUGACAUGGUGGUGGAGGGCAUUCAAGAUGGCCGGCAAGGCGAGAAGAUGAAAACCAUCAUUCCCCUGACCAACCUGAACAUGGUGACUCAGCUGACCAUGAUGCUGAAUGCCCUUCUGACUCGGGAGCUGUCGGAACCUGCAGAAUUGGAGGCAUACUUCCUGCAGGCACUUUACUGGUCCGUUGGUGGUGCAUUACUUGAGGACGGACGUGUCAAGUUUGACACAUAUGUCAAGUACCUAGCCUCUGCCAACAUGGUGCAGGAUGAAAAUGCAAUGGCUGGGCCAGGUGAGUUACCUGGGUUUUCAUCACUGUAUGAAUUCUUCUGGAAUGGAGAAGAACGUAAAUGGAUUCCCUGGUCCAAGUUGGUUCCAAAGUACAUCCACAAUCCAGAGUCCAAGUUCUACGAGAUCCUGGUACCAACUGUAGACACUGUGCGGGCCACAUGGCUUCUGCAGCUAAUGGUUGGCAUCAAGCGUCCUGUUGUACUUAUUGGAGAGACAGGCACAUCCAAGACAGCAACCAUUGCUGCCUUUUUGCGAACAGUGGAUCAGGAGUCUCAUCUUCUGCUGAACAUGAACUUCUCCAGCCGCACAACCUCCCUUGAUGUGCAGCGCAACCUUGAAGCCAACGUGGAGAAGCGCACAAAGGACACAUAUGGUCCUCCACCUGGCAAACGUCUUCUUAUCUUUGUUGAUGACAUGAACAUGCCACAGGUGGACACAUACGGCACUCAACAGCCCAUUGCCCUGCUGAAACUGCUUUUGGAGCGUGGGGGCUUGUAUGAUCGUGGGAAGGACCUCAACUGGAAGAACAUGAGGGACAUUGGCUACAUUGCAGCCAUGGGUAAAGCUGGUGGUGGUCGCAACGAGACAGAUCCCCGCUUUGUCUCGCUCUUCUCUGUCUUCAACAUGACCUUCCCAGACAAUGAGUCACUCUUCAAAAUCUACAACUCCAUCAUUUGUGGCCAUCUGAACCCAUUCCCUUCAGAGAUUCAGAGCCUGGCCUCCACUAUCACCAAGAUGACCAUGGAUCUGUACAAUAUGAUAGUGAAAGAUCUGCCUCCAACACCAUCAAAGUUCCACUACAUCUUCAACCUUAGAGACUUGUCACGUAUCUACAGUGGACUUUGUCUGUCAACUCCAGAUCGCUUCAAGAAACCUGAACAUUUCCUUCGUUUAUGGCGAAAUGAGUGUCUGAGAGUGUUUAGUGAUCGGCUUAUCAUUGACACAGACAAAGACAUGAUCAGUAAAAAGCUGAAUGGUUUGCUGGAAGAGAACUUCAAGCAGUACACAGAGUAUGUGGAGCGUGACCCUGUCUUGUUUGGAGACUAUCGAACGGCUCUGGAGGAAGGAGAGCCUCGACUAUAUGAGGACAUCCAGGAUUAUGAAGCUUGUAAAGCCCUCUUUCAAGAGAUUUUGGAAGACUACAAUGAGAGCAACACCCCCAUGAAACUAGUUCUGUUUGAUGAUGCUCUGGAACACCUUACUCGGGUGCACCGAGUACUGCGCAUGGACCGUGGCCAUGCCCUACUGGUUGGGGUUGGUGGAUCUGGAAAACAAUCCCUCUGUCGCCUGGCCUCAUACGCGGCAGGCUGUGACGUGUUUGAAAUCACGCUGAGUCGAGGCUACAGUGAGAAUUCAUUCCGUGACGACCUGAAGGUGCUGUACAACAAACUUGGUAUGGAGAACAAGAAGACCGUAUUCCUUUUCACUGACCAGCAUGUGGUGGAAGAAGGUUUCCUGGAGCUUAUCAACAACAUGCUCACCUCUGGAAUGGUACCUGCUCUGUAUGCAGAUGAUGAAAAGGAAGCUAUUAUUGGGCAGGUGCGCAAUGAGGCCAUGGCAGCUGGAUACGCGCAUGCUCGUGAAAGCAUCUGGCAGUUCUUUGUCAACAAGUGUGCCAACAACCUUCAUAUUGUCUUGGCGAUGUCUCCUGUAGGAGAUACACUUCGCACACGAUGCAGGAACUUCCCAGGAACUGUGAACAAUGCCAGUAUUGAUUGGUACUUCCCGUGGCCAGAACAGGCAUUGUAUGCUGUGGCCAGUGUGUUCAUCUCCCCUGAUAACACAUUGAUACCAGAAACCAAGAGGGAGGACAUUGUUAGUCACAUUGUUCUGGUGCACCUGAGUGUAGGAGUCUACAGUAAGAAGUUUUUGCAGAGACUUCGUCGCAACAACUACGUCACUCCCAAAAAUUACCUUGAUUUCAUCAACUCUUAUCUGAAGCUCCUGGAUGAGAAGGACAAGUACAUUCAGGCACAAUGUGACCGUUUGGCGGGAGGCUUGCAAAAGAUAGCAGAUGCUAGUGAGAUGUUGGCAGUGCUAAAUGAGAGGCUGGCCGUGCAGAAAGUGGCUGUCACAGAGAAGACGGCAGCAUGUGAGGCAUUACUGGAAGAGAUAGCAAGUGGCACCAAACAGGCUUCAGAGAAAAAGGUGGUUGCUGAGGCCAAAGGCAAAGAGAUUGAAGAGCAAAGUGUUGUUAUUGUCCAUGAAAAGAAAGAAGCAGAAGAUGCCUUGGCUGAAGCCCUCCCUGCACUUGAAGCUGCUCGACUUGCUCUCGAUGACCUGGACAAAUCUGAUGUUACAGAAAUCAGGUCAUUUGCCAAGCCGCCAAAGGCAGUGCAGACAGUAUGUGAAUGUAUUGUGGUCAUGAGAGGAAUCCGUGAGGUUUCAUGGAAAUCAGCUAAGGGCAUGAUGUCUGAAGCCAACUUUCUCAGGUCACUGACAGAGAUGGAUGUGGACAACAUCAGCCAGAAGCAGACACAGGCUGUUAAAGCCCUUCUCAAAGAUAUCGAUAUGAGCCCUGAAGAAAUGAAGGCCAUCAGUCGGGCAGGUGCAGGCUUGUUAAAGUUCGUGGAGGCAGUAAUGGGCUACUGUGCUGUGGCACGUGAAAUUAAGCCCAAAAGAGAAAAAGUUGCAAAGCUGGAGAGAACCUAUCAUCAGGCAAAACGUGACCUUGACAAAAUCAACAAAGAGAUCUCUGCUUUGGAGGCAGAGCUGCAGGACCUGAACAAAAAGUAUGAAGAGGCAAUGGCUGAGCGCCAGGCACUUGAAGAAGAGGCUAGAAUCAUGGAGCGGCGUCUCAUUGCUGCAGGAAAGCUGAUCUCUGGCUUGGGGUCAGAAAACAUUCGCUGGAGCAAUGACCUGGAGGAGCUGAAGAAGGCAAGAGUGAGGCUGCUUGGAGAUUGCCUGGUUAGCUCAGCUUUCCUCAGCUAUGUUGGUGCCUUCAGCUGGGAGUUUCGUAAUGACCUAGUGUAUCAGGACUGGGUCAAUGAUUUGAGGAAACGGGAAGUGCCACUCUCUGACCCCUUCCGCAUUGAAAGCCUGUUGACAAAUGAUGUGGAAAUAAGCAAGUGGACCUCAGAAGGACUACCUCCAGAUGAGUUGUCAAUCCAGAACGGUAUUUUGACAACACGAGCAUCUCGCUUUCCACUGUGCAUUGAUCCACAGCAGCAGGCCCUGAAGUGGAUCAAGAACAAGGAGGAACAGAACAAUCUGAAGGUGUGCACUUUCAAUGACCCCGAUUUCCUUAAGCAGUUGGAACUUGCAAUCAAGUAUGGUUUCCCAUUCCUGUUCCAAGAUGUUGAUGAAUAUAUUGAUCCAGUGAUUGAUAAUGUACUGGAGAAGAACAUCAAAGGUGGCCAGGGCAGAGAGUUUGUAGUCCUGGGAGACAAAGAAGUAGAUUUUGACCCUAACUUCCGGCUGUACCUCAACACUAAACUGUCCAACCCAAAGUACGGCCCCAAUGUCUUUGGCAAGUCUAUGGUCAUCAAUUACACAGUCACCUUAAAAGGUCUAGAAGACCAGCUGCUCAGUGUCAUUGUCAAGUUUGAGAGGAAGGAACUGGAAGAACAGCGCGAGUCCCUCAUUCAGGAAACCAGUGUAAACAAGAGACUUCUAAAAGACUUGGAGGAUUCCUUGCUGCGAGAGCUUGCCACAUCUCAAGGAAACAUGUUGGACAAUACAGAGCUGGUUGCAACACUGGAGGAAACCAAAACCAAAGCCACAGAGGUGUCAGAGAAAUUGGCACUUGGAGCUGCCACUGCUGUAGACAUUGAGAAGACACGAGAUGGAUAUCGCCCAGCUGCUAAGCGGGGGGCCAUCUUGUUCUUUGUGUUGGCCGAGAUGUCGCUUGUAAACACUAUGUACCAGUAUUCUCUGGCCUCCUAUCUUGAGGUGUUCCAGCACUCCCUGAAGAAGUCCAUGCCAGAUUCAAUUCUACAGAAGCGCCUGCGUAAUAUCAUGGACACACUGACACACAAUGUGUAUAACUAUGGUUGCACAGGCAUCUUUGAGAAGCAUAAACUGCUGUUUUCAUUCCAAAUCACCAUUAAACUGGAGCAGGAUCAAGCUAAAGUGAAACAGGAUGAGCUGGACUUUUUCAUCAAGGGAAACAUUGCACUGGAAAAAAGUAAGCGACGUAAGCCAUUUGGCUGGAUUCCAGACGAGGGAUGGGAGGACUGCAAUCGUUUGACAGCAGAAUAUUCCAACACAUUUGGCACUCUUUUGGAUGACAUUGAACGGAAUGAGAAAACAUGGAAAGCAUGGUUUGACCAUGACACUCCAGAGUCACAACCUUUCCCCAUGCAGUACAACGAGGUUCUGUCCCAGUUCCAACGGCUUAUGCUUCUUCGCUGCUUCCGUGUGGACCGCAUCUACAGGGCUGUCAUGGAAUAUGUGACCAAGAUAAUGGGCGAGAAGUAUGUCACGCCACCCAUCAUCAGCUUUGAGUCUGUGUUUGACCAGAGCACACCAGCCUCGCCAAUUGUCUUCAUUCUUAGUCCAGGAUCUGACCCUGCCUCUGACCUUAUGAAGCUGGCAGAGCGUAUCGAGUUUGGAAGUAACAAACUCAAGUUCCUCUCAAUGGGUCAGGGACAGGAGAAGGUUGCACUCCAGCUACUCGAGACAGCCAUUGCUCGUGGCCAAUGGCUGAUGCUACAGAACUGCCAUCUGCUGGUACGCUGGCUUCGUGAGCUUGAGAAACAGCUUGAAAAGCUUGUCAAACCCCAUCCAGAUUUCCGACUCUGGCUUACAACAGAACCAACACCAAACUUUCCCAUUGGCAUUCUGCAGCGCUCCCUAAAGGUGGUGACUGAGCCUCCCAAUGGGCUGAAGCUGAACCUUCGUAGCACCUACCACAAGAUCCCCUCUACUGCACUGGCUGAGUGUGUCCAUGAGGCUUUCCCGUCACUUGUCUUUGUUCUAGCAUUUUUCCAUGCUGUGGUACAAGAGCGCCGCAAGUAUGGCAAGAUCGGCUGGAAUGUGUCAUAUGACUUCAAUGAGUCUGACUUUCGCGUGUGCAUGCAAAUCCUCAACACCUACCUAACCAAGGCACAGGAGCAAGCUGACACUAAGAUUCCAUGGAACAGCCUCAAAUACCUCAUUGGAGAGGUGAUGUAUGGAGGUCGUGCAAUAGAUGAUUUUGACCGCCGCAUCUUGAGGACCUACAUGAAUGAGUACAUGGGUGACUUCAUCUUUGAUACCUUCCAACCCUUCCACUUCUAUUGUGAUGAAACUGUUGACUACUGCAUUCCUGUGGAUGGCCCAAGAGACAAUUAUGUUGAUUACAUUGAAACAUUACCCCUGGCCAAUACCCCCGAGGUAUUUGGCUUGCACCCAAAUGCUGAAAUUGGCUACUAUACCCAAGCUGCCCGGGACAUGUGGAGCCAUCUGGUUGAGCUUCAGCCACAGACUGGAGAAAGUGGGGCUGGCAUCAGCAGAGAGGAGUUUAUCGACAAGAUUGCAACAGAUGUGCUGAACAAGUUGCCAGCAGAAUUUGAACUGGACAAGAUUCGAAAGAAAUAUGGCCUUGAUGUCUCCCCAACGACUGUUGUGUUACUGCAGGAGCUGGAGCGUUUUAACUCACUCAUUGGCCGUAUGCGAAAGUCUCUUGCAACUCUUAAACGAGCAUUGGCAGGUGAGGUAGGCAUGAGCAGUGAACUGGAUGAUGUAGCACGCUCCUUGUUCAAUGGUGUCAUCCCUGGCAUAUGGCGGCGACUGGCCCCAGACACACUUAAGUCCCUCGCAAACUGGAUGAUUCACUUUGAGAAACGAUUCAGCCAGUACAACAGCUGGGUGAAUGAAGGAGAACCACCAGUUAUGUGGCUGUCAGGUCUUCACAUUCCAGAAUCCUACCUGACAGCUCUUGUACAAGCUACAUGCCGUAAGAAUGGUUGGCCUUUAGACAAGUCUACUCUGUACACCUCUGUGACACAAUAUGUUUUGCCAGAGGAUGUAACAGAGAGAACUACGCAAGGCUGCUUUGUUCACGGGCUGUAUCUGGAAGGAGCUGGCUGGGAUGUGAAACAGACAUGUCUGAUUCGGCAGAAACCCAAACAGUUAAUCCAGGAGUUGCCAGUUCUCAAAAUCAUCCCCAUUGAGGCACAUCGCCUCAAGCUACAGAAUACAUUCCGCACACCAGUGUAUGUAACAUCGCAGCGACGCAAUGCCAUGGGUGUGGGUUUGGUGUUUGAGGCUGACCUGGCCACCACAGAACACAUCAGUCACUGGGUUCUGCAGGGUGUCUGCCUCAUCCUCAACACUGACUAAGUAUAGGAGGGAAACAUAAAAUGAACAUGGGUAACAGCUGCAUGAAACUGUCUUUGGAUGGAUAGAGAAACAAAUAUUUGACUUCGAGAUAUGACACUAUUUUAUUUUGUUUCUGUUGUGCUCUACAAUCUUUUAAAAUGGUUCUUAAGGGAUAAAUCACCAAGACAGAAAACUGAUGUGUUAUGUAUCUCAGAGAUAUCCACCUUCUCUUGUGAGAGUUGUCUUGUACAGUUGUGCCAUCACUGUUCUUGAGGAAUUGCUAUGAAUGUUCAAGCCACUGCGCAAACCUUGUUAACAAGGGUUGAACAAUGUGGUAGUGUGUUGCUGGCAAACUGCAUCCAGCAGAUACAAAAAUAUGCAAGCAGACAAAUACUGUAAUAAUUUCAAGUAUUAGACUGGAAAAUGAGGACCACUUAACAUGUAUAGACAAUUAUGUUUUAGCACAUGGUGCAGAUGUUUAGAAAUUCACCUGUAGACUUUUGCUUGUUUGGCAGUAUUUGAUAUUGAUGUCUAGAACAUUAGAUGCAGCAAGUGUGCUACAUGAAAAAGUUUAUCACCUAUUAAAAUUAGGUAAUGCAGCAACAUUCACUAUUUACAUUCAUAACAUUCAUUCAUUUUUUUGUGUGCCAAACAUAGCAAUACUAAUAUUGCAUUGUCUGUAUUUAGCUAUAUUUAUCUGUAAAUAUACUUCAGAUGCUGUGUUUUUGUGAGUUAAAAUAUCACAUUAUUUACAUAGUUUGCAAGAAAUUUUAGAAAUAAAUAAAUUAUAUUUAUAACUUAAUAACAUUUGAAUGUCUGAAACACUAUCUCAGGAUUGUGUGACAUUUUUUUUUAGAACCAAGAUGCAUGUACUCAUAGCAAGUAAGCUGAUUAAUAAAUCAUGUGGUAUCAUCAGUUUCACAUAACACUGCUUACGCGGGAGCAGGCAUAUCUCUUUUUCUCUCUUUUUUAUGUGUUUUGCCAGGUUUGUAAAGUGUUACUUCUGCCAUGUUUUAUGUAUGAGAUAAUAUUUUUGGAACUGCCCCUGUCGGAUUAGUUUCCACUCUUCUCUAUUGGUAUGGUGUGUUUGCUGAUCUUUUUAUUUGUGUCUGGGCUGUAAGAAUGCAUAAUGACGGCUACAGGAUGAAGCAAUGUAAAGUGAUGCAAUUUUAACGUGUGAGAAAUGCUGUAUGAAAAAAAAACCAGCUUAAAAGGCAAAAAAAAGUGUGUGCGUGUGUGUAUGUGGGGGAGGGGGGGGGGUUGAUGAGGGACGGAGAAAUAAAAUGGACCAAAAUUUGAAAUAAAACUAUUUACAGAUUC